AUGUCUGUCUGUCUAUCAAUCUAUCUAUCUCAUUAUAAAAAAAUAUCUCAGAACAUUCAUAUUUAUCUCAAUUUAUUUAUAUCUACCUUUCCAAGUUUAUUCAUAUCUAUCUAUCUAUCUAUCUAUCUAUCUAUCUCAUUAAUAUCUAAGAAUAUUCAUAUUUAUCUCAAUUUAUUUAUUUAUAUCUAUCCAAGUUUAUUCAUAUCUAUCUAUCUAUCUAUCUAUCUAUCUAUCUAUCUAUCUAUCUAUCUCAAUUCGUUGCUACUUACCAUUUGUGAUAUAUUAAUCGAAAAGUAUCUACUUCAUUUGGCUGCUUCUUUCUCUCUGAUUAUCUAUCUAUCUAUCUAUCUAUCUAUCUAUCUAUCUAUCUAUCUAUCUAUCUAUCUAUCUAAGCAUAUUCAUUAUCUAUCUAUCUAUCUAUCUAUCUAUCUAUUAUUCAGAUUGUUCAUUAUCUAUCUACCUAUAAAUCUAUCUACCUCAGGUUGUUAUCUAUCUAUCUAUCUAUCUAUCUAUCUAUCUAUCUAUCUAUCUAAGAUUUUUCAUAAUCUAUCUAUCUUUAAGAGUUUUCAUUAUCUAUCUAUCUAUCUAUCUAUCUUUAAGAUUUUUCAUUAUCUAUCUAUCUAUCUAUAUAUAUAUAUCUAUUUAUCUAUCUAUCUAUCUCUCAUUCAGUUUAUUCAUAUCUAUCUAUCUAUCUAUCUAUCUAUCUAG